UUGACAGCUGUCGGGUCGGGUGCGUGUUGCUGUGAUUUUUUUUUUCGCGAUCGGCCCGAGGUCGAACUGUGUGUUGAUUAUCGAGCUUUUACGCAUCCGUGAUAUGAAAAAUUGCAUCUGAAAGGUCUCGAAAAUUUUGCAGGAAAACCCUCACUUUAACUCGGAAAAUUCAGUGAAAUUAUGUAAAACCGCGGUACUGAAGUGAAGUGCGGUGCAGAUUGCUACGAACUAACGCCGGGGGGUUCGGCCAGUUCCUCGGGGGAAGGGUACGGUGUUAUUCGACCCGGGACCGAGAGGAUUUUUUUCCCAGCCGAUUCCAGCGUAGAAGAGAAAUAAUGACCAAUUUGGUGCAAAAGUUGGUGGCGCAGAGGAGCCACCUGUUAGCAGCGGUAUGCCGUCGAAGUUUCCAUCAGGCUGCAUCCCACUAUCGUCCGUCCGGGCCUCCGAAGCUGUCCCCAUAUGAUGUCAAUUGCAUACUCAGGGCCAAUGAGCACACGCAGGACUUUGUGGGUGGUUCCGUUAAGUGCUACGACUCCAAUCAGCUGGCUUCGAACUCACCCAUCGAGGACUCCCGUACGGAGGGAACCUGCGUGCACACCUCGGGCCUGCUGCUGGGAAUCUUCGAUGGGCACGGGGGUCCGGCUUGCUCGCAGGUGAUCAGCAAACGGCUGAUGCGGUACAUCGCCGCCUCGUUGGUUCCGCCGGACGAUUUGAAGGUGCACGUCAAAAACGGAGCGCAGAGCCACACGUUCAUCAAUUGCCAUAACGAUAAGUUGGAGUUCGUCAGCGAAAUCAAGGACAUAUACGAGCGGAGUUUCAACUUGUUCGCCCACGAGCUGUUCAACACGACGCUGGCAGGGUUCCAGAUGCACCAGGUGCUGGAGAAUGCAUUCUUGCGGUUGGAUCAGGAUCUGUCGAAGGAAGCGAUCGACCAUCCCAGUCUGAGGACGAUGUCGGUGGCCAUGAGUGGUGCCGUGGCUUUGGUGGCACAUAUCGACGGACCUCACCUGCACAUCGCCUCCGUUGGGGAUUGUAGUGCCGUGCUGGGAACGGUCACCGAUACAGGUCAAUGGGUGGCCAAAAAGCUCACCACCGAACACAACAGUGACAACGUUGCCGAGGUGCGUCGAUUGCUGAACGAGCAUCCGGCCACCGAGCGGGACACGGUGAUCCGUGGCGAACGGCUUCUCGGUCAGCUGGCUCCCCUCAGGGCGAUGGGAGACUUCCGCUACAAAUGGACCCGUGAGCAAUUAGAGCAGCUAGUAGUUCCUCAAUAUGGCGAGCAGGUGAUCGCCCCGUACUAUCUCACCCCUCCCUAUCUGACCGCCUGUCCGGAAAUCACCCACCACAUUCUAACGCCGCGUGACAAGUUCCUGAUAUUGGCCAGUGACGGCCUGUGGGACACGAUGAGCCCCAUGCAAACCGUCCACCUGGUUGGAGAGCACAUGCACGGCAAAGCCUUCCUACAGCCACUGAAACUGCCAAAGCACGAAAUCACGUUGGGCGAGAUUAGUCAGAUGUUGAGCACCCGCAAGGCUGGGCUGCAGAAGAAGCCACUGGACCGGAAUGCGGCCACGCAUCUGAUCCGAAACUCGCUCGGGGGAACCGAGUACGGCGUCGAGCACUCGAAACUGUCCCACAUGCUGUCUUUGCCGCAGGAUAUUGUCCGGUUGUUCCGGGACGACAUCACCAUCACGGUGGUGUACUUCGAUUCGGAAUACCUGAGAAACUGCCCCACCUAGCAGCAGAUGCCGAGAUCGCGGAUAGCCUGCGACGGAUUGCAGUCGGCUGCGGUGUAGCAUUUAGGAGGUAUAGUCAGGGAAGUCGAAUCGUUGUUGCUUGCUGAGGGGGAGGGGGAGGGCCCGGCCUGCGUUGGGCCCCAAUGUAUAAUAGAUGUUCAGGUAACAUAAGAUACCAGAUAUACAGACGUUUCAAUAGUGUUUUCGAAUCUGUUUUCUUAAGUGUUUUUAGUUCUUUUUUUGUUCGUUUUUGUCCGGUACCGAAACUUUUUAUUUAGAUAAUUAUAAAUACGAUUGAUGAGAAUAAAACAUCGCUGCAGAUUGAUAUUUUAUUAAAAACA